AUGACUGCCGUUGCGAACCCUCCCAACUUCGCGAAUCUCAGCCGGCCGGGAUGGAUUACCGUUAACGGUGGGCAGCCGUCUAGCUCCAUGAAUUCGUCCGAUGACGCCCGAGAAAUCAAUACGUUCAUGCAGCGGAAGACCGUUCAAAGGACAAGUUCUUCGUCGUCAGUGUCCUCGACCUCGUCCAAUUCAUCGAACUCGACUGUCACAUCCAAUGCCAGUGCACAGCAAAACGGCAUGCCAACCGUCGGUGACGCGAAUGGGUGGUCGAAUCCCGCGCCGCGCAAACGACCAGCCGCGAAAGCGCCAUGGCCAAACGGGAAACCUGACGGAGGAGCCGAAUUUUCAAGAGCGUCCGGCCGCCCACCCAUUGCAAACGGCGUCAAUGGCGCGUCGAGUCUUCAUCAGCAGCAAUCCCUGUUGGCGGCACAGAGCCAACUCGGGGCCCAAAACGGGCUCGGCCGUCCAGGCACGGACAGUAUGGGUCCAAGUCGACACCCAGUGCUCUAUCUACUGUCCUUGAAUGGCAGCUUCGAGCGCAAGACCAUCUCGGUUCCCUAUUUCCCAGAAACGCUUCGAAUUGGACGUCAGACCAACGCCAAAACCGUGCCGACGCCGGUCAACGGCUACUUCGACAGCAAGGUACUGUCGCGGCAGCACGCUGAAAUAUGGGCCGACGCCAACGGAAGGAUAUGGAUUCGGGACGUCAAGUCGUCCAACGGAACGUUUGUGAACGGCACCCGACUGUCGCCGGAAAACCGGGAGUCUGAACCGCACGAAUUACAGACACAAGACCACCUCGAACUUGGUAUCGACAUUGUCAGCGAAGACCAGAAGACGGUGGUGCAUCACAAAGUGGCUGCAAAGGUCGAGCACGCCGGUUUCGUCACACCAACCAGCAACGUGUUGGACAUGAAUUUUGGGGACCUCGACCCGUUAAACAGUGCAAUGAUGCUUCCCGUAGGGGGGGCCUCGCCGUUCCGAGCACGAGCGGGCAGUCAGCCUGGAGUGGCGGCCAACAACCGAAUGGCGCCGGGGAAUAUGGGAGCGCAGCCGAACACGCUGGCGCAUCAAAGACAGUUCUGGCUAAACCCGAUAACGACGGAGCAUAUCGUCAAGAAACUUCACGUUGAAAUGCGCAAUGCCCGACUGCAGAACCAAGAUCUGGCUCGGACAAGCCAGUUCAUCAACUCACUUUUGUCGAAGGAAGACAUCAGAAACGCGGACAAACACGAAGUCCCCGAACCUCCCAAAGCACACUUGCCCAAUGGAAACGUCUCGUUCCGCUCAGACGGCGGCAAGACGAGAUUCUCUGAGCCGCCUGCGCCGCCGCCGUCCCAACCGCUUCCAGAGAAACCGGACUCGGCUCGGGCCUCGGACGCGCCCUCGUUGAAGAGGGCUACGACAGAGCGGCCGAGGCCCCCGGGCACGUCUCCUGUUCGCCAAGACAACAAUCUCAACCAGAUCCUCCUCCUUACAGAAGCACUCAACAAUGCCAAGAAGGAGCUCGACACUCACUCGGCGAGAGUGCGGGAUCUUGAGGAAAUGCUGACCAAGGAGAGGGAGGCUCGGUUGUACGCUGAGGACAUGAUGCAGAAGAUGGAGGAGAGUAGUCAUGCCAAGACGAACGGCGCCGUGAAAGCGCCUUUAGUUAACGGCCACUCCGAGCUCGACAGGGCGUUUGAUCUUCCCGUUGAACAGGCCCCUCUAGUUGAUGAAGUCGACAUGGCUCUGGCCAUUUCCAAGGGGGAGAGUGCGUCCCCGCAACCGGACAAGGCCGAAAUACUGGCCGCAACCUUCCAGGCGCAGAUAGACUCGAUGGCUGUGGAGAUGAACAGCCUCAGGGAACAAGUCGAGGCCUUCAAGUUGCGGGCGGAGAAAGCUGAGGCCGAGCGGGACGCCGACCGCAAGACGCUUGCCGAGAUGGUGAUCCAGAUACGGCAGCGCGAUGAAGAGGACAAGAGGCGAGAGGCCGAGAGGAGAGCCAGAUCGCCAUCCAAGGGCAGGCGGCGCGCCACAAGCCAAGAGAAGGCCCUAGAGAAUUCCGCUGCAGCAAUGGACGACAGUGUCACUGAGCCACCAACUGCCAAGCUCGACGGACGGCCGGAAGAGGAGGUUUUGGACUCCAGGCCCAACCCUUCCCAGGCCAAUACAAUGGAACCAAUGCCAAUGGGGGGAUCCCUGGCGAUGCAGGGACAGCAACACGAUGACACGCUAAUACAUACGUUGCCGUACGCCUCCAUGAUCGGGGUGGUUGUCUUUGGCAUGGGGCUGAUGGCCUACCUUAACGGCUGGCAGCCGCAGCCGAGACUGGAUCGCUAA